AUGGAUGGAAAACAUAUUAGAGGAAGUACAAUAGACUACAGCAGUUGUAAUGAUGUUAUUGGUGGCUAUUAUAGAGACUACAGCAGUUGUAAUGCUAACACAUGCGAUGUCCAUAUUUCAUGGAGAAAUCAAUCAGUAAACCAGGCGGAGCAGUUUUUGCAGAACAAUUCAACUACAGAUUUUAUGAGAUUCAAACGUAGUGUUAAUGGGGACAGUGGGAAUUUGCAGAUCGCCGUUGUUAGCUACAGAAAAAGGUUCCGUUGGGUUCUUUUGCGGCCUUUUUUUCAGUUUGAUUUGGUUUCGACAAUUCCAAUCGCGGAUAAAGAACUGUACUUUGAAAUCCAGAAGGAACUUGAAUCCUAUGACUGUGUCCUUUAUGAGCAGCAGAUGGCUCGAAUUCUGGAGCUUGAUUUCCAAUUAGACUGUCCCGACUACCAAGCUGAUAAUUGGUACCAUGCAGACCUUGAAUUUGAGACCUUCAAGUUGCUUCAGCCUGCUUCAAUUCGAGAAGACCUUGGUCCUAGGAGAUCUAAGCUUUUUUGGGCAUCACGUGUGCUUCCUAUGCCAUUGGUCGGCCAUCUCAUUAUUAGAAGCGUUUAUGCAGACGUUGGAAGUCCGGAAUCUGAGUUUCCAGAGCUAGAAGCCUUGUCAAGGCUUGAUUUUCGAGCUGCAAUGAAAGUGACAGCUGAUGUGGAAGAGGAAUCUGUUAUAAUUGGUGAAAGAAACAGAGCCGCAAUAGAGGCACUUCAGCGGGCAAUCGACGACGGCCACAAUAGAAUUGCCAUACUAUAUGGUGCUGGUCACAUGCUGGACUUAGGGAGGAGGUUGAGGGACGAGUUUCAUCUGAUCCCUUCUCGAGUUCAAUGGGUUACAGCUUGGUCAAGGAACAGAGAUUCAAACAACAGUUCCUUUCCACUUCUUAAUACAACGGCUAAAAUUUCAGGUUGGCCACUGAACCGAUACCAGACUUUGGCAUUGCUCAUAUUCCCCUCAGUGCUUGCAUUGGAUCUCUGGUUCUGGGAGAGCUUAUGUGGCAGUGCUUUUAAUUGGAUUUCGCAAUUUGUUUCAGAAGGUUCUAAUUAUGUUUGA